ACGAGGAGACCCUUGGGGGUCGUGCUUAUAAAGAACCAGCACUUUCCCUCUCUCUCUACACCACACACGCACGCGCAGGGUCGAGUUCCUCACCUUUUGUGCGCGGCUUCUUUUAUAGGUCUCUCUGUAUCUUGUUCUUGUUCCCUCUUGUUUCUUGGUUUUCUCUUGGUUUUCCUUUGGGUUCUUGUUCAGCCAGCUGCUUUACCGGGAGUCUUCUUGUAUUUAGAAGAAGUCUCCACACAUGGGUCCGUCGAACUGAGCGAGUGUGCGUGUGUGUGUGUCCAAGCGGUUGAUGAAUCAGUUAGAGCUGGAAGAUUUUGAGGGGUUUGAAGAGAGCAGAGAGAUAGACAGAGUCAAAAUAAGCUGUAAUUUCACAGAGCGCCCGAAAGAGAAUGGAGAAGGUGAGUUUUGUGAAGAAUGGAGUGCUGAGGUUGCCACCAGGGUUCAGGUUCCACCCAACGGACGAAGAGCUGGUGGUUCAGUACUUGAAGCGCAAGGUCUUUGCUUGCCCUUUGCCUGCCUCCAUCAUCCCUGAGGUUGAUGUCUGCAAGGCUGACCCUUGGGACUUGCCAGGUGAUACAGAGCAAGAGAGGUACUUCUUCAGCACGAGGGAGGCCAAGUACCCAAACGGAAACCGGUCGAACCGGGCCACGGUUUCGGGUUACUGGAAGGCCACGGGGAUCGACAGGCGGAUCGUUAGCUCGAGGAGCGAUCAAUCGGUGGUGGGCUUGAAGAAGACCCUGGUUUUUUACAGAGGGAAGGCCCCCCACGGCUCCAAGACCGACUGGAUCAUGCAUGAAUAUCGCCUGGUCGACGGUCUAGCCCCCGACACCGCCCUGCCCAAAAUGAACUUGAAUCAGAGCCCUGUGGUGCCAAUGGAGAAUUGGGUUCUCUGCCGCAUAUUUUUGAAGAGGAGGAGCACCAAAAAUGAUGGCCAUAAUCACAACAUAGAAAGCUCUAGGACUACUACUACUAAUGAAGUUAGCAAAGUCGGGGGAAAUGGGCUGGUCUUCUACGAUUUCAUGGCUAGAUAUAAGACCGACUUGAAUCUCGCACCGGGUACCUCGUCCUCGGGAUCGAGCGGCGUCACUGAGGUGUCCUCGCACCACGGCGACCGGGAAGAGCACGAAGAAAGUAGCAGCUGCAACAGCUUCCCUUAUUCCCGGAGAAAACCUUAAACAAUGCUCGAUCAGCACUCGAGUCGGAAUCUCGGUCGUAAUAACCCGUGUCGGUUAGUGUUUUCGAGUACGGACUUUCUCUGCAUCUCGCUCCGAGAUUAUCUUAGGUUCGGGGUCGGAGAUGCACGGACGAGGGAAGCGAAGUCGGCGUUUACGUUUCUACUGCUUGUUGCUAAUAUAUGAGAGCCAUUUUGUAUUAGCUUAUGAUGGUAGUCGAUCAUGUAAUCUGAUUCCCCCCCAAAUUUCAAUUCUAGUGAGCUGUUUAGUCUCCUCUUUUUCGGCA